AUGGCCUCCGUGUUCACUUACGAUCCGGAUCCUCCGAGGGUCUCAUCCCCCUGGCUGCUCCCAAACGAUCCUGGGAAGGACGACAAUGAGAAUAGUCUUGGAUCAACGACCCCUGGCUCAACUCAGGACGUUCAGCCAGGCUUGUUGUCGGAGUAUGGGGUCACUAAACUUGAAGCAGAGCCCCAAGAAGGGCCAACUGAGUAUAAGCUUCACCUGCUUCUUCGACCUCGAAGGGUAUUCAAGAACAUGAGCACAGCUGGCCAGUCCCGCAACCCUCGGCCUGCGAAGCCAUCGACACCAUCUCCAGCUGCCUCAAGCCAGCCCCGACAGGAGAGGCUUCAGCAUCUGACAACCCAACUCCUAUGGAGGCUGCAGCAGUCCUCUCCGUAUCACGCAUCGAGUUCCAAGGAACUAGCCCUUCCAAGGCUACCAGAUGACAAUGUCGACCUCACCGCUCCCGUCAAGCUGAAUAGCCUCAUCCCAGGGCUUGAGGAAUCAAGGGGUGCCCUGUACGAAAUUGGCGUUGCUGAUGAUGGUACACUCAUUGGACUCACGAAAGACGAGAUGGACGAAAGCAUCACAACCCUGAGAGUCAUGGCCGCGAGCUUGGGAUGCUCUGUUGAGGUUGUUCGCAUGGUCAUUGUAGGAGAUUGCGAAUGGGACGAGUCAGCAGAGCUGGUUGACAACUCCGCAACUGAGCCUGCCACUGUCACCCGAAGUGGCAAGUUGUGGGUUGCCGAGGCACUUGUCAUGCCAAACUUUGGGUUUGUCGAUGGGGAUGACUCUUCGACUUCUCAGUCAGGGAGAUCAACAGGGGAGGCCCUUACUGUCCCCAGCCGCGGCAGCUCAUCUACGCCUCAGUUAAGGGUCACAUUCACCGGUCCCACAACAUCUGGCAAAUCAAGCUUGUUGGGCACGCUAUCAACCGGGACUCUCGAUAACGGCCGUGGAAAGAGUCGUCUUAGCUUGCUCAAGCAUAGACAUGAAGUUGUCUCUGGGCUAACCAGCUCCAUAGCCCAGGAGCUCAUCGGGUACAAGGACCAUUCAAUCCUCAACUAUGCUCAUGGGAAUAUCGAGUCGUGGGUUGAUAUUCACGACUGCUCCGAGAAUGGUCGCCUCGUCUUUGUUUCUGAUUCGGCCGGCCAUCCAAGGUAUCGUCGCAUUGUCCUUCGCGGUCUCAUGAACUGGGCGCCCCAUUGGAUCAUUCUCUGCCUUGCUGCAGAUGACACAGAGUCGGCUUCCAAGGGCCCUGGCGCGACGUCGUCGGCGCAAGAUGUCCUUGGGGCUGCUGCGGCGGGUGUUGACCUAGUCAAAGCCCAUCUGACCCUGUCUCUCAAACUUGGUGUUCCCAUGGCCGUUGUUAUCACCAAGAUGGACCUUGCUUCCAAACCAAGCCUGGCGAGGACCAUGAAUAAGGUUCUAACUGCCAUCAAGGAGGCUGGGCGUGUGCCCAAGAUCUUGCCGCCCGACCAAAAGCAGCACCGAGAGUUGGAGAGCGUCCCUGAAGAAGAUCACAACAAGGUCAAGGAGGUGUUGAGAGGUAUCUCGGAGAGUGGAAAACAUACUGAGGUCAUUCCCAUUGUGCUUACAAGCGCAGUCAAAGGGAGCGGCAUUGGUCUCAUGCAUGCUCUACUGGAAAACCUGCCUCUGCCGCCUGCUCCUACGGCUCGUGACUUUGUUGGCAUGGUGUUGAACCCAGAGCAGCCUAAGUGCCUCUUCCACAUCGACGACACCUUCACGUUGCCGGCGUCUUACAGCGUGUUGACAGGAAGCUCUGGAAAGCAACCCGAGCCAGGCAUUGUGGUCUCCGGGCACCUUCGAUUUGGCCGGCUCUCUGUAGGUGACAAGAUCGUCAUUGGACCGUUCCCAUCUGAAGAGGACGACCCCCGUGGUUCAAGUCCAGAGGAUAGGCCAUCGCCUGGUAGCUAUGGACUAUCAAUAUCGCACCCAUCUUCAGCAGAGUUGGCACGCAUCGCCAUGAAGAAUGCCGUUUCAGCUUCAGCCAUUGCUGGAGAGUGGCAUGACGCACAAAUUGUGAGCAUCCGCAAUCUUCGAUUGCCAGUUUUGACCCUUGAGGCCGGACAAGCUGGAUCGAUUGGGCUUGUGAUCCAUUCAUUGUCGAAUGGGCACCUAAACGGCAACUCUGGGUCCUGCUCACCGGCCGAGGUUCCUCGCAUCCGCCGCGGCAUGAUUUUAGCAAUUCCUUCCAAGCACAUGGCAGACACUGGGCUGAAGCUUCAAGCGGCAAGCGGAUUUACAGCAGUGUUCGGUGACCCAGACGCCCGGAUGUUGGCCGUUGGCUCGUUUGUGAAUAUCUACAUUGCGAGCGUUAGGACGGUUGCCCGUAUCCGUCGAGUAACUCGCCAGGAUAAAGACUGGGAAGCUGGCAACGUGACCACAGACGACAUGGAGGACAUUUUCAACCUCAACGAAGAUGUCGAACCCGAGAAUAACAAGGCAGAGUCUGACCAGUCGACGAGUGGUACCGAGGUUGCUUUGGAACUGUUGAAUCACCGAGAAUGGAUCGAGAUGGGGUCGCGUGUGAUACUGAUGGAAGGUGGAUCUCAGGAUAAAUCUGGGCUUGAGGGUUUUGUGGGAAAGGUUGUCGAGAUCAUUGAUUAA